ACGGCGGACACGCCGAAAAGACAACGCGCAACAACCGGCCCCAAGUCAUCCACUCCUCUCGCCACCCAGAUUUCUCACAUCUGAUUUGCCCCACAACCCGCUGUUGUCACUCCUCUCUCCUCUCUGGUGCCUCCUCCACACCCCUCUCUUCCGAUCAACCAGGGGACUGGCAAGAGGGAAAAGAACACCGUUUAAUUAUCAGGUCUUCCUGUGGAUUCCAGAACAAGUCUGAUAUUUGGCGCUGCUGUGAUAUGCCGCGAGCGCAGCAGCUUGCGUUGGUGACAGGCGCCCUUUGGGCGGCCACUGCGAACGCCGCGGGGAUUCGCGUUCAUGGAGACGUCUCCGUUGCUCCCCCUGCUGCCCGCAGGCUUCAAUCCACGUUGCCUGACGGACUGGUCACGACCGAUCUGGGAUGCUACAGGGACAGCCAGUCGGACCGUGUACUCCAAUCGGGGCUUAUGGGACAGAGCGACAUGACGCCGGAUGUGUGCGCCGCUUACUGCCUCGAUAAAGGAAGCUACACGUUCUACGGCGUCCAGUAUGGGCAAGAAUGCUGGUGCGGAAGGGCGGGCACGGAGUACGACCGGCUGGGCGCGCUCGAGAUGUCCGAGUGCGACUACCCUUGCACCGGCGACGCGAGCUCCACGUGCGGGGGGUUCGACUCCUUCCAGGCGUUCGAGCUUGGGGCCCUGGAUCAGCCAGAGGGGUACCUCGGCUGCUUCGUGGAUUCCCAGAGCUCCAGGCUGUUCUCGGCCCCCUUGGUUGCCAGCGCUAGCAACACCGCGGAGACCUGCAAGGCCACCUGCGCUGGAUUCGCGUACUACGGGCUCCAGUACAGCGAAGAGUGCUUCUGUGGCCUUGCGGAAGAGGACUACACUCGCCUCGGCACGUCCGACGCGUGCGGGUACCGCUGCUCCGGGGACGUGCUGUCCACUUGCGGUGGCUUCAACGCCAUGGACGUUUUCGCCAUGGACGCCGGCGUGACGUCUCCGCCUGCCACGGCCCCGCCUACCACGCUACCCCCUGGGACGGCCCCGCCUGUCUCUGCCCCUCCUACCACGGCCCCGCCUGCUACGGCCCCGCCUGCUACCGCCCCCCCUGCCACCGCCCCCACACACACACACACACCUCAGUGUAGUUUUACGUGUCGCUGUGAUUGUGGCGACGGUUUGUUCGUUUGGGGCGGUAAUAACGUAGUAAUCACGAGGUACGUCGAUAGUGCCGGCGACCCUUACCUCUCCGGUGCCGGGGGUGACCAGGAGAACGCUGCGGUGCUCAGCUACACGGGUGCCGACGGCCACGAGGAGCUGCACGUCUUCAACACCAUCGGCUGGUUUGACACCGGCGCGUGGCCGUGGGCGCACUUCUACAACGAGUGGGCCACCAAGGGCAUCUUCAUGGGCGAGCGCCGCUUCUACCUGGGAGCGGUUGUCGACGACCUCUUCCUCUCCACCCCGGAAUUCGAAUACGACGGAGGAACGAACGAGGCCGCCGUCGCCCAGCGGUGUACGGGCCAAGACCUGAGCAACCUGCUCGGCGUACAGCAGUCACUCAACACCCAGUACUCGGGGUCGGAAAUCAUCACCGAGUUCGCCUUCAACGGCGGCGGGAUUGCGGAGCAUGUUUCGCAAUCGGUGGAAGACAUCUCGUACGUCCCCAACUACGAGGAGACCAUGGUGACCCUCAAGGGCACCAAGUGGUUCGAAGACGGUCAGAUCAACGUGCACGACACCAACUGGCUCGCCACCAACGUGCCUCUCAUGCAGCAAGACAUGGCCGACGGCACCUGGGAGGCCAACGAUGACCUUCUCGCGGAGGUGAUCAGCCACCUCGACACGCCUUCCACGUUUUACCACGGCCACCACACCCUCAUCCACCUGUCCCGCGACCAGCUUCGCGAGUCGGACUGCGUCACGGAGGACACCGGUAACGUGCAGAUCGCUCUCAUGACCGGCAUGUGGGACAGCGACAACUACAACUGGCGCUCAAUGGUAUCGCCCGGCAUCACGGGUCUCUUCAACGAGAACUGCCUCGACUCGGCGGCGCAGAACCUUAUGGUGUGCUACCCUGGCGACAACACCUUCGACGGAACCGUGUCCGGUGCCGCAAUCCUGAUCAACGAAGACAACCAGUUCCACUCGAUCUACACGACCGUUUCCAACAACGGCUACGAUGGUGGCCAGAUCGUGCCCAGAUUCGCGACCUUCGUGUACUUCAACUGCGUCAGCGGAACCCAAUUGCCAUGCUGUGCGAUGAUCGCUCGCCCUGUCUCCAUUUUUGUUCACCUGGUUUAUUUUCCCUUUCCGGGCGCUUCUUUUCAGUGCCUCGUGAACGAGAACGAGUACAUCAGGCGCUUCGUAUGCGAGUGCACCCCGCUCGACCCAAGCAUCGCCGAUUACGUAAGUUUUCUCGAAACUGCCGGACGGUAGUGUCUGUGGGAGCACGUGGUUGGUAGGGUCGGUACACAACAACGAAGGCAGUAGCGCAAGGAAAAGAAGCUUCAUCGAUGCUAUCUUGCGCACUGCUGUCACCACUUGCAUCUCGCGGUACGCAUGCCAGGCGGUCAUUGUUGGAGCGAUGCAUACAGUGCUUGCGAUCUUCACGUCCCUCGCUGACUGGCUUGCUCUCCCGUCUACCCCCUUCGAUUCACAAUGCCAAAGACUUGCACGAGCACCGCGGACGAAUGCAUCGGCACCGACGGCGCCACCGACAUCCAGUCCUUGGGUUCCAUCGAGGCGAUCUUCGACGCCGAGGCCUCCACCACCACGCGCUACAUGCUGACUGGCCGCAGGUCGGUUGUGGUCUCUUUGUAUUCGUUUCUACGUUUUCGGUGUCGUUUCCCUCUUGUGUUUUUUCGUAAUUGUUGGUACUGGUUCGUUUAUAUUUUUAUUAUGUGCUUGGUUUGUGCAUGUCGGAGAGCACGCUAAAACAGUUGUGGUGGAGCUACUGUAAAGGGGCGUGCGUUGUCGUCGAGUUACUCUAGGCGCGGGAGUUUUUUUAUCUGAUAGUUUUUCUUCCUGGUGAGUACCUGUCCGCCGUUUCUCGGCGUGUUUUCCUAUCGGAUGCACUGACCGUCAUCCCGGGCGAUACUUGAGAUCUGGAUUCU